CGAAUCUCUGAUAAGCAAAACGGUUUCCGGUUCGAUUGCCAUGGCAUGGAGAAGGAGAAGUCCCAGGAUGCUCGCUGGUCGCAGCGCAUUGCACUGGCGAAGCGAUGGCGAGAAGCCAUGCACGCUCUGGCGGAGAUGCAGCAGGUGCUGCAACCGGACAUCGUCCUCUUCAACAUGGUGCUCAGCAGCGCGGCUCGUGCUGCAUGGCCCCAGGGCCUUAGGGAGCUCCAGAGGCAGGGCCUCAGCCCAGACGAGGUCACCUGUGGUGCGGCAGUCAAGUCUGCCGGCGAGAAGGGAUGGCAGGCAGCACAGGCCGCGCUGUGGUCGGCGCCUCACCGCUCCGUGGUGGCCUUUGGCGCCGCCAUGAGCGCCGCGGAGCGCGCGAGCGGCCGCGGCGUCUGGGCGCAGGUGGCGUGCCUACAUACUGGCUUGCGGAGCUUGGGUUUACAGCCAAGCACUGUGACUUACAACACCUGGAUCACUUCCAGCCGCUCGAAUUGGAGGACAGCAGUGCUCUUGCUCGAAGAGUUGCAAGAAGAGCGCUUGGAGCCGACUGUGGUGACCUAUGCCGCGCUCAUCUCUUGCAUGGAGACAGCCAAGCGCUGGGAGGUGGCCUUGCACCUCUUCAAGUCCAUUAGCCGAUUGCAGCUGCAGACGAAUAUUAUCGCCUGCAAUUCCGUGGUGAGUGCCUGUGAGAAGGCAAGCCAAUGGACCUGGGCCUUGCAGAUGCAGCAGCAUGCCGCGGACUGCGCCCUGCAGCCCAGCGUGGUCACCUUCGCGGCGGCCAGCAGCGCCUGUGAGAAGGCCGCCCAGUGGCAGGCGGCCAUGUCGGUGCUGCGCUCCGCUGGCCGAACGCUGCUGAACGUCGUGGCCUGGAACGCCUUCCUGGGCGCGUGCCAGAAUGACUGGCAGUGGGAGAGGUCGCUAGCCACCUUGGACGCCUUGGAGAUGGCUGACGUGGUCUCCUUUACAGCGACCAUCACAUCUUCCGGAGAUUGCUUCCGCUGGCAAGUAGCGUCUGGACUGCUGAGCUGCCUCUCCCGCAAGCUGCAGCCGGACUUUUCCUGCCUGGCCGCAAGUGCCGCUGCCUUCAGCCAGAGUGCGUGGCCGCAAGCGCUGGAAGUGUACGAGCUGCUGCAGGCGCAGAAACACACAGGCCUUGGCCUCUACAACUCCAUGUUGCAGGGGUGCCAGAAGGGCGCUGCCUGGCGCGCCAGCUCGCAGUUGCUGUUUCAGCAACGCCUGGCCCGGGUGCUGGCGGACGAGCUGUCGCUGCAGGCGGCCCUGAAGACCUGCGCGGCACAAGGCGCCUGGCAGCCCGUGAGGAGGCUGCUGGCAGAUCUCUCCCAGGGCCUUCGAUGGGCAGCGCGCCCGACCAUAGAAAAGGUGCCAAGGUUCGAUGUGUCACCAUGGGCGCUGAUUCCAAUGUGGCUCAAAGGCUUAUGGACGCCAAUGAGCGGAGCAGGAGAGUAUUUGAGAUCCCUCCUCUACACCAUCAAAGGAGUCGCUCUAGAGCCGUGCCCGGAGCACGAGCCAUGCCCGUCGCCUUUCUCGGAGCCACGAGGGCUUCGGCGCCAGGCAGUUGUCCGGAAUGCCACACACAAAAGAAGGCCAGGCAGCGCGCACCUUCGAGUGUUCAAGGGCCUGCCUGCGCCUCCUGCAAUUCCGGCUCUUGCUACUACGAGGGGCUGCCGGCGAAAACCCAGUCCUUGGGGGAAGGCUGCGCUUCAGCAGCCGCCGUGGAAUCAACAAGGAGGCCAAGCUGCCCGGGACAGGGCCGGUGCAGCACAGCAGGCCAUGCAGCAGGCGGCUGAGUCGGCGGAGGCGGAGUUGGCCGCGAAGGUGGCGGCCAAGAGGGCUGCAGCGUGGCAGCCGAUCCCACAGAUCAGGCCAAGGAGCCCUCAAAGGCCGCCUGAGCGCAACAUGUCCAUGAGCUCUGAGGCGACAGUGGCACCUAGCAACAGCGUCCGCCCAUCGAUGACCCGCCCAGGAAGCCCCUUGCGGGGGAGAAAGCGAGCAACCUUCCUGGACAUGCAAAGCUCCUGGGACACAGAGCUGAUGUCCUUGAGAUGCAGUGUUGACUUCAAGGCACAUCGGGCGUCUGGUGUCCCUCUUUGGCAACUGCACAGACUGGCCCGCGAAAUGAGCAUGACCCUGGAGAAUGUGAUAGAGGCCAAGGAGAUUUUCGACGAGCACGAUGUGGACAAGUCCGGGCGUUUGGACUUGGGGGAGGUGGCGAAGGUGAUUGAGAGCUUGAUGGAACGGCAGGUGCCGGAUGAAAGCUGCGCAAGGCAGCGCAUCGAGGCUGGCCACUCCCAGCAGUUGCUGAACUCCUGGCUGAGGUUUGUGCCGCAGGGCACGACUGACCUCUCCUUCGAGGACUUCCUCCUGUGGUAUGCGUGUACUGGUUUUCUUGCCGACAUGCUGGUGGAUGACAAGGAGGGUCGCAUGCGCACGCUCGCGAAGAUCAAUGGCCUCGAUUCGCUGUGCAUGGACAAAGUGCGGAGAUCCUUCACUGCCUUCGACCUUGACCGAUCGGGGGAGGUGGAUCAGGACGAGUUCAAAAAUGUCAUGCGCGAGGUGAUGAAGGUUCCUGCGCACCUCUCCAUUCCAGAGUCGCGAAUACGCUUCUUCUGGAGCGAGAUCGACGAGGACAACUCGGGCAAGGCAGGCUUCGACGAAUUCCUGCACUUUUGGCUUCGGCAGUUUGGCACGUCUGCAGGGGAGAAGCAGCUUAUGUCGAUCGAGGACUACUACAAAUCCACACGUAGAAUGGGUGCCAGGCCGGAAUGUAGGUGA